GCACCGAGCAUGAGCGUCGCGCCCGCCCGCCAUCCGACGGCCGAUUUGAUUCCGAUUGCACCACGAGCGCACCGCGCGUACUAUGACGCGGUUGGUAUCCUCUACGUACUUUCGUCUGUGGGUCUUAGCUUCUACUGCGUCCUCGUCAUGGACCCGUACCUGGCAAGCGACUACUUUUGGCCGAAUUUUCACGCGCUCAACGUGUCGACGCUCGUCUCGGAGAUCUUCAACGUGCAGUUGGCGCUAUUGCCGAUGAAUGCGACUGCCUUAAGCGUGGCACUGAUGAUGCCGGUGGCCGCGGUCGUCGACACACACACUGCAUGUGCGGCGCCGUCGUACCCGCGCAAGCUCCUCUACGAGCGUCUCACGGGCUUGGUCGAUGCCAUCACGGGUCUUCGGCGUCUGGAUGCGGACAAGGUGGCGUCCAUGGCCACGCUGUACUGCUGGGUGGACUUGAACCGGCGCUGGGAACUCGCGCACACGCGCGCCCGGCAAUCGCGCUGCGAACGCACCGAUUUUGAAAACGCGGCCGUCGUCCUCGAAGCUGUCUUGCGCAACAUUCCAUUGAGCGACUGGCUCGAGGUGACCCAGAACCGGUUUGCGGUGCACGUGGCCGACCCAAUUGCCCGCACACCACGUGGCGCGGCGUGGGUUGCGCAACUGAAGAACCACGAGUGGCUCUCGAUUGACGACGAGGUCGACGUAUGGCAAAGCCACGGUCUCUUCCGCUUUACGCUGCAGUACACCAACCGCAUCCAACUCGGGCUCCAAGAGUCGAUUCUAAUUGAGAACGCGUUGGGCACGGCGACGUGGCUCGAGGUGAAGGCUCUUGCGGCCGCGACGCGCGUGCCGCUCUGGACGUCGACGUACAUGAGCAUGUGUCUUGCGAAUGACUUUGACGCGAUUGGCGCCAACCAGAGUCUGGUUCGCGGCACGUUCAACUACUUUGGCGACGUUGACUCGACCCAAAUCGAAGUGUUUGACGUCGGGUACCCGCUGAGCAAGCUCUUCCAGGUCAUGCACGACCAAGUUGGACCGCUCGCCAACAUUGACCUCAAGUGGAUAGCACCGCCGUCAUCUCUCGUGACGCACCUUGCCACAUGGCGCGUCGCGCUGCUCGAGCACUUGCACGCGAAUGCAACGUCGGCGAUGGCGACGAUCGGCGCCAUGACACUGGCGCCGACGCCGCAGCAGUGGGAAGAUCCGUCCUUUGUCUUUUACGGCGGCAACCCCAUGUGCGGUUUUGGCGAGCCGCUCAUGUUUGUACAAAACGCGUUUGGGUUUGACGACGCGUGCUCGAGUCAAACGCCGUUUAACGUGCCCCUAAAUGCGUUCAAUGGCCUCUUUGCGUGGAGCGCGCUACGCGGAGAGGUUGGUGCACCGUGCGCACUCGAGCCAAGCUAUGCGCGCGCCACGUGUUAUGCGACCUUGUCGCUUGUGAAUGCCACGUACCACGAGCUGCCACCGCUGCCCGAGGUCGGCGCUUCGACCCUUGCCGCGACGCAGGCGCUGAACCUCUCGCUCAUGCAGUUUGUCGGUGACAUCAACGGGUCUGCGAUUCGCAUCGAGGAGCUGCGACUGCUCGACGCGGACAUUGCCUUCCACGGCUGGGUCAUGGUCUACGACUGGCUUUUCCACGAGCGCGAAGCCAUUUCAUUUCAAGGCGACGUGCGCUCCUUAAACCUUCUCUCGCACGUGUAUACGUGCUUGGCAUCGCCGCGCGCGACGACCCUCUCGCUCACGUGGGCCAACUACCUGCGUCUCUGUGCGUACGUGUGCAGCGGGACAUUGGCGCUCGUCGGCGGCCUCUCGCUCAGUCUCUUUGCCGUCUUGCGGCCCCAACAUUGUCAUUGGUUUCUCUUCAACCGCAUCACAAGUGCGGUCUGGCUCAACCGCGGCAUCCUCGGUCUUCGGAGUCUCGUGGCCACGCUCUGCCUCGCGACAGCAUCGGUUGACGUGCAUACGGAUGGCGGGCUCCUGCACUUUGUGUCAGCCCCUCGUUCGGCCAUAGCGUCGACGGCGCUAGCGGCCGAGACGACGUGGAUCACGUAUCUGCUGCACGACCUCUUGCAGCCGCUCGCGGGCUCGAGCCGGUACGCGCCCUUUAGCUCGCACCUCGCGUGGCUGUUGAUUGCGACCUUGGACGUGGCGUCGCCCAUCGACGUCACCGCGUCCGUCCACCGGUCGUGCUACAUGGUCAACAUGGACGAAAUGAUCUACUGCACGAGCGGCCUUGUCAGCAUCGGCGCGCUGCCUCGGACCAUGACGAUUGUCAGCAUCAAUGUCGCGAGCGUCCUUGUCUGCUUUGGCCUUGGUUCUCUCUUGCUCGCGCCCGAGCCGCCGCCGACGAUCGGUGUCCCCAACUUGCUCCUUCCCCCCGCGCUGUUGGCGUUUGCGCCACCGAAUACCUUGCGCUGCCCGACCGGUGGUCUCUCCCUCGAUCGCACGAGUGCCAGCAUGGCCGGGCUCUUUGCGUUCGAAACCAGCGCGCAUCGGUGGCUCUUUGACAUCAAGCUCUGGCUCCUUUUUGAAAAUGGCGGCUUUGCGCUCCAGCCGUCGCAAUCGGCGGUCGUGCUGCCCGAUGCUUGCUUUCGCCACGCGCGGCGCGCGUCGCUGCAGCGCCAGGCGUCGGUGCUGGGGCUGCAUCGGCGUCAGCACCCGCGCUUGAGCAACGUGGUUCUCGCGCUUGGAUUUGUCUACCUCGUCCUCUCGCUCGCCGGCAACGUCCUCUACUUGGACGUCGCGACAACCUACUUGGCCAACGACUAUGGCUGGGCCAACUUCAACAGUAGCGGAACUCGCACCUUCCUCGCCAACCUCUUCAACCAACAGCUCCUCGUGACCACGUCCGGCAACCUCGAGCUCGAUGCAGCGUCGAGCGGCGACCUCGACCGCGUCUAUAAUGAAUCCGUGUCGUCGAUCGUAUGGAGCGAGACGCUGGCGCGCCGGGAGCUCUACCGACGAGACGUCCCGCUCGUUAGCAUCGUCCAAGGUCUUCGUGACAUGAGCCCGUGCAAUAUGCCGUGGAUGUUUACCCAGUACUGCUGGCUCGACUUUGCACGCGAGUGGGAGCUCGCCAGUACAAGCAAGCGCCAAGCCCGAUGCUUCGCUUCUCAGACAAGCAACGGGGCCGCGUACCUCGAGGCACCGCUUCGCAACCUCAACAAUUGGGCCGUCUUUUACGACUGCUGGGGCGAAUCGUUUGCGUUUGGUAUCGCCAACGACCUCGCAAGCACGAGCCGCGGCCAAGCGUGGCUCUUGCGCACGACAGCGAACACUGACAGCAUCGCGGACGAGGUGGCGUUCUGGCGCGCCUCUCAGAUCGAGUACUUUUCGCUCCAGUGGCAAAACUUCAAGACCGUCGGUCUCCUCGACUCGCUCUCGAUCGUGACGGCGCUCGGGUGGACGUUUCCGCUGAGCUUGAGCGCAUCGAUGGGCUCGAUGCACCUCACGCAGCAGACGUCACGCAAAAUGUACUGGGGCUUUGCCAGCGAUCUCUGGGCGGUCGGUUGCAAUGCGACUGCGGUUGUCGGUGGCAGCUUGCUCGCGUCGAGUGCUCGCUUUGCCUUUGCGAAUCGCACGAGCGAGUCGCUCCUCGUGAGCAACCACACCCUGCCGACGCCCUUGACGAUGGGGUUAGGGCUUCUCCAAGCGACCCUCGGACCCUUCAACGCCAUCGACAUGGAGUACGUAGAAGUACCCGCCCGGCUCCGCGCGAUCUACGGCGCCUUGUCUUCGCUUGUGACGGAGCUCGUCAUGUCCAACCUGACGCUGCAAGCUGCGUACUGGGCCUUGCCGGUGGCGCCGAGCAUGAGUGGUGUGCCCCUCGCCCUCCUCGCGUCACCGAACGUGACGACGCACGGCGGCAACCUCCUCUGCGGCGACGACCAGCCCACGUACACGCUCUCGUACGGCCUCGAUUGCUUCUUUGGGGUCCAAAAUAUGUGCCACGCGUCGUUCUUCGACAGCCUCAAGCCGUCGCCGCGGCAGCUGCUCUUUGCGACGCUCGCGUACACCCAAGUGUUUCCGACCCAGUCGUUCCAGCUCGUGUGCGAUCUCGACAUGUACAAGCGAUCGGUCUGCGCCGACAACUACCAUACGAUCCAAACCUUUCUGCGGGAGACGGGCAUCGAUGCGCAGCUCGGUCCGCACCUCUUGGCCGCCGUCGCCGACAUUCGCUCGCUCCACAUCCGUAUCGUCCAGUACCUUCGCUUUCAGCCCAUGGCGCCAUUGCAGCUCUACCAACAACCGCUUUUGCCGCUAAACGACGAUCCUGGCUGGCAUUUCUACGGCUGGAGCUACGUGUUUGAUUGGAUGGCGGGUCUCCGUGACGUCGUGUCGUUUCAAGGGGACGACGGCCAGGUCACGACCAUCUCGUCACGGUCGUCGCCGCUGACCAUGGCGCCGGUGCCGGGCGAAAUUCCCGAAACCCUCUCGUUUCUCUUUCAGUGGUGUGUGCGCUACAUCACGAUGGUCUUCAUCGCACUCGCUGCGCUGCUCGUUGUCUCGGGGAUCCACGAGCGUGGGCACAUUGAGGGGCUCAACCUCCUCGAGCUCAACCGGAUCGUCGGGCAUGUGUGGGUCGGCCGCUUCUUCCUCGUCAUUCGCAGCAUCACGGCGUUUUGGCUCCUUAACACGAGCACGCUCCAGCUCGUCCAAGUUGGGUCCGGCACGCGCUUUGUGUCGCCGCCGCUCCCGUGGUACAAGACGGUGCUCGCGGGCGCCGAGACGACCUGGUUUGUCUACGUCCUCAACGACAUGUGGAGCUGCGUCACGCUGCAAUAUACGACCGCGUACGCCUACAAGAGCGCGCUCGUGGCGUGGGCCGUGGCCGCCAUCUGGAACACUCUCUCGCCGCAAGCACAUGUGGCCACGCUAGCUCGAAGAUGCCGCUAUAUCGAUAUGGACUUGCAGCUCACGUGCGAGAGCGGCGUCGUGCAGAUCGGUGACGCCAACCGACUCGCAAUCGGGUUUCUCAUUGGCCUGAGCAGCGUCGUGCUUUGCUACGGGCUCGAGCGGCUGUGGUCGCCGCAUUUACCGCCGCGCGAGGUGCCCACGACGCUCCUGAACGCCUCAAGCUACUACAUGCUCGACUUCUCCGAUUGGGUCGUCCACGAUGAGUUUUACUUGGACAAGACGUCGGCACUCAUGGCCGGCAUCCUCGCCCUUGAGCGCAACGGCCAUCUGCACAUUUUGGAUGUCAAGUCGUGGCGCUACUUCCAUGUCCGCUUGUCGGCGGCUUCGAGCGGCAAGCACGAACGCAUUCGGCGUGCGAUUCCGCUGAGUCGACUCUAACAUACACAAUGUGUUCACCGCGGAUUCUGCACCAUGUACACCUCGUCCAACAGAAUCGUUCGCAUUUGGGGCGACGGACCAUCGGGAUGCGCGUCAGGAGCGAGACGGAAAGCCCAUCUAAGUUGCGAUUCUAGUACUAGUACACUUUGAAUCCGUG